CAAUGUGGACACUUUCCUCCUUCAGAGUGAGGGUAUUUGGGCUGCACACUUUAUUCUUCACGUAUUAGGAGCCAAGGAUCAAUUCCCAACAUGUGAAUGCUUUAUGCAUUCCCAUUUUUCCAAGAAACGAUUUAAAAAGCCCAAAAUGUCCCCAUUGAGACCAAGGGUUAAUAUUGUACAUGUUAAAAAGAGUGGAUAAACAGACCACACCUGAGGACCUUAAACCAGUGUUAUCAGGGGCAUCUUGAUGAGCAUGCUCACUAACUGGUCUUCACAAGUUAUUAUAUUCUACUGUCAUCACAUAUGAGACAAAUGACAAAUAUAGAUUAGUUUGAUAGUUAUGGGUGUUUAUGAGACAAUGGGCCACCAACUUUUCCACAGAGAGCACACACACUUAAGUUUAGGCUCUUUGAUCCUUUUGUGUCUCAAUGGUUGUUUUCAUUUGUCAUAGUCCUUGUGAUUUGGUCUCUGUAGUCUUUUUUGGCUCUUUGUUGUUUUAAGUUUCUGUUUAUUUUGAGUCUCUUCCUGGAUGGUAUUUUCCUAAUUGAGGCAAAUCUGUAUAUUUAAUGUCUGAUUGGUAAAUGCUGUCCCAUGUGUUUGAGUAGAAGGUAUGAGCUGUUUUAUGAUCACAUCCUCCUAUCUCCAACGUAAUCGCUGUGAUAAACAGGAAGUGCAUUGGCGGUAUCCUGAGGUUCUGUAUCAGGAAAAGUGACUUUACUGGUAUUUGUGUAAUCCACUCUCCCCUUUUAGCGGGAGUUUUUGCACUGUCAACAGAAUACACUUAUGUCUGGUGUCAGUCAUUUCAAUAUUUCUUAGACAAUUAGCAAAUCAAUCCUUUUUGUCAUGUCUAACAUUUCAUUUUUUGGAAAAAUUCUUAAUCUUUUAGCCAUUUAUUCAAAGACAGAUAUCGUGUUUAUUUGAUUUAUAGUAAAUGGCAUUACUACUGUAGCAUCGUUUUUUUUCCAUUGUGAGUGCAGACAUGAAAUUAUCCAGAUUAAAUAAAUGAAGGGGAAGGAACCUGUUUUCUCUUCACGUUAUCAUCAGAUAUCUAGAUGUGAAUGACAGUACCGGUGAUAACAUCAAUUGCUGAGGGUGCUCUGUGAUGAUAUCAUGAAGUGAGUCGGCUGGUUGGUGACACUGGUGGCUCUACCUUCUGCAGGUGCAAAGUCAAAAAGCCAUAAAGAGGUGUAUGCUGGGAAACUGCCUGCUUCCUGCUUCACAGUCAUUCAAGGAACAGCUGUCCUCAGAUCCGACACUUAUUGUUUCGAACAAGUCUUAUCCAGGGUUUGCUAUGCUGCAUUUGAGUAAGGGUGAUUUUGUGUGGGUGGACUCCAGUAUCGGGGUGCCGAUUGGGGCGGAGGUGAAGGUGUCCGACACCGGACAGCUCCGGCUGAUCGAUGAUGAGGGAAAGGAGCACAAGGUGAGCAAGAAGACGGAGGGCACCGUGCGGCCCAUGCACCCCACCUCUGUGAAGGGUGUGGAUGACAUGAUAAGGCUGGGGGACCUGCACGAGGCCGGGCUCCUCAGGAACCUCCUGGUGCGACACAAAGAAGGCACCAUCUAUACAUACACAGGCUCCAUUCUGGUGGCAGUCAACCCUUACCAGCUGCUGCCCAUCUACACCACGGAGCAAGUGCACAUGUACACAGACCGCCGGCUGGGUGAACUGCCACCACACGUCUUCGCCAUCGCAGACAGCUGCUUCUUCAACAUGCGCCGCAACAAGAAGAACCAGUGCUGCGUCAUCAGUGGAGAGUCAGGAGCAGGGAAGACGGAGAGCACCAAGCUCAUGCUGCAGUUCCUGGCUGCAGUGAGCGGACAGCACUCCUGGAUCGAGCAGCAGAUCCUGGAAGCUAACCCCAUCCUGGAGGCCUUUGGUAAUGCCAAAACCGUUCGUAACGAUAACUCCAGUCGAUUUGGAAAGUACAUUGACAUCAACUUCACCAAGGGGGGGGCCAUUGAAGGGGCCCGCGUUGAGCAGUACCUUCUGGAGAAGUCGCGAGUUUGUCGUCAGGCGCCGGAGGAGAGGAACUACCACAUAUUUUACUACAUGCUGAUUGGAAUGCCAGCCGAGCAGAAGAAGAUUCUUUCCCUUGGGAACGCUGCGGAGUACAACUAUCUGACCAUGGGUAAAUGCACCAGCUGUGAAGGACGUGAUGAUGUAAAGGAAUACGCCCACUUCCGCUCAGCUCUGAAGAUCCUCAUGUUCACAGACAAUGACUCCUGGGAAGUCUCCAGGCUGCUCGCUGCUAUCCUUCACCUCGGCAAUGUGGACUACGAGGCCACCAUAGUAAAUAACCUAGAGGGCUGUGACAUCCUCCAAUCAUCCCAUUUCAAAAUGGCCAGCCAACUUUUGGAGGUGGAUCCCAAAGCGCUGGAGAAGAGUCUGACUCAGCGCUCCUUCUUGACAGCCAAAGAGAGUGUGACCAAACCUCUGGCCUCGGCCCAGGCGGUGGACUGCAGGGACGCCUUCGUCAAGGCUAUUUAUGGAAGACUUUUCCUUUGGGUUGUGGGCAAAAUCAACGCUGCCGUUUACAAGCCAGCUGAGGAUUCCAAAGAGGUCCGACAGUCGAUAGGCCUGCUCGACAUCUUCGGCUUUGAGAACUUCGCCAAAAACAGCUUUGAGCAGCUGUGCAUCAACUUUGCUAACGAGCAGUUGCAGCAGUUCUUCGUCAGGCACGUUUUCAAGCUGGAGCAGGACGAGUAUUCCCGUGAAAACAUUGUUUGGCAGCACAUCCAAUACCAAGACAACCAAAGCACCCUGGACGUGUUGGCCAACAAGUCUCUGAACAUGAUGGCGCUUAUCGAUGAGGAGAGUAACUUCCCCAAGGGCACAGAUGCCACACUGCUCCAAAAGAUGAAUCAGGUCCAUGGUAAAGGGGUCAUCUAUAUUCCCCCCAAGAACAACUAUGAGACACAGUUUGGAAUCAAACAUUUUGCUGGAGAAGUCUUCUAUGAUUCAAAAGGUUUUCUUGAGAAAAACCGCGACGCCCUCAGCUCAGAUCUGAUCCAGCUGGUUGAAACCUCCACCAACAAACUCCUCAAACAGGCCUUUCACGAUGUGCUGUCUUCCAGUACCAUCAAGAGCAGUGUGAACCCCAGGAUGAUCAUCACCUCGGCCAGCAGCAGCCUCCGGCAAGCGAGUGAUGGCAAGAAGCGUGUGCCGACCCUGACCGGCCAGUUCCGUCAGUCUCUGGAUUCCCUCAUGAAAACGCUGACUGUGUGCCAGCCAUAUUUCAUACGCUGCAUCAAACCCAACGACUUCAAGAGACCCAUGCUGUUCGACAGAGAGCUGUGCAUGCGCCAGCUCCGUUACUCUGGUAUGAUGGAGACCAUCAGGAUCCGGAAAGCUGGAUAUCCCGUACGAUACACAUUCGAGGAGUUUUUAAUUCGCUACCGUGUGCUUCUCAGAACUUCCCUCUGUGAUCCCAAAAAAGAAAGUAAACAGAAAUGCUGUGAAAGCAUUUGUGAAUCUGUGCUGAGUGGAGAGGGCGACUGGAAGACUGGCAAGACCAAGAUAUUCCUCAAGGACUUCCAUGACACUAUACUGGAACUGGAGCGGAUGAAAGAACUUAAUGAGAAAGCACUUCUGAUCCAGAAAGUCCUGAGAGGAUACAGAUACAGGAGGGAAUACCUGAGGAAAAAGGCAGCUGCUCUUGUCAUUCAGAAGCACUGGAGAGGACACAAAGGCCGAAAGCUGUACAAAGUGGUCCAGCACGGCUUUGCCAGGCUGCAGGCUCAGGUCCGAUCCCGCCAACUUCACUUCCUGUACAAGAAGAAGCGCGAGGCGGCCGUCGUGCUGCAGGCCCGAGUCAGAGGAUACCUGGCCAAGAAGGAAUGGAAACGCAAGAGAGACGCUGUGAUCCUCCUGCAGGCGCACACCAGAGGGGGGCUGGCCAGAAAAGCAGUCAGAAAGAUGAAAACAGAUAUGUACCUCUCUGCCAAAGAGAAAGAAGAAGAACGGCGGGUAAUUUUGGAGAGACAGAAACAUUUGGAGGAAGUGCUGAGGCGGAAGAAGGAGAUGGAGGCCAAAGCUCAGAAUGAGGCCAUCACAGACCAGGAGAUGGUGGACAGCAUUUUUGAUUUCCUGCCUGUAGUGGUUGGAGGGCAGGAGGGGCAAGCCCCUGUAGGAUUUGAGAAAUUUGAGCUGAAAAAGACAAUUACUGAGGAGAUAGACAUCGACGACGUCCCCAUGGAGGAAGAUCUUCCCAGAGGCGACGAUGAUGACGACGACCUGGAUGAGUACUCCUUCUCCAAAUUUGCCUCUAUGUACUUCCAGGGUGCAGCCACCCACACCCACAUCCGCCAGAGGCUGCUGCAGCCCCUGCUCUACCACGAAGAUCAAGGAGAUGUCCUGGCUUCCAUGACAGUGUGGUGGAUCAUCCUGAGGUUUUUGGGAGACUUCCCUGAGCCCAAGAAGCAGGUUCGAGGAAGCUCUACGCAGGAGCGCUUCAUGCCGCAGGAGCUCAUCUCCAGAAAGGACCGACGCCUCAGCCACAUGGUCGGCCUGGAUCAGAGGGUGCUGAGGAAUAAAAAUGAAAGGAAGCCUUCCACAUUACCCGAGGAACCAGGACAGAACAGGAAGGGCUCCAUGUUCACAGACCUGCUGGCCAGGAACAGGAAGCCUUCUGCUAUGCCUGCAGAGGCAGCAAACCCCAAGGUGUACACUGUGCCAGAGGGGAGCCCUCGAACCAGGAAGGGUUCCACAUUCACUGACCUACUGACCAGAAACAAAAAAGCUUCCACUGCUACAGAAAGUGCACCCCCCACCUCAAGCCUCAGGAAACCUUCCAUCAUCAUGGAGGAGUCCGACGAUCUGACGGAAGUGUCCAAGCCUCCCACCCUGCAGAGUGUGAAGGAGGACGGGGACCUCAUGGAGGGGGAGGGAGAGGGACCCACCCUGGACCGGCCGCUGACCUCACUGGAAAAACUCCACAUCAUCGUGGGAUAUGCCAUCGUCAGACGUGACCUUAGGGAUGAGAUUUACUGUCAGAUCUGCAAGCAGCUUCAAGACAACAACAAUCGCAACAGCUACUUCCGCGGCUGGAUCCUGCUGUCCCUCUGCCUGGGAGUCUUCCCCCCCAGUGAUCGCUUCAUUAGGUAUCUGCAGAGCUUCAUCCGGUUCGCUCCAGGAGGCUACGCCCCGUACUGUGCAGAGAGGCUGCGGCGCACCUUGCUGAACGGAGUGCGGGGGGAGCCUCCAGCCUGGCUGGAGCUGCAGGCAACCAAGACAAAGAAGCCCAUGAUCGUGUCUGUGAACCUGAUGGACGGACGCUCCAUCAACCUGCCGGUGGACUCCUCCUCCACCUCCAGAGAGAUCUGCCAACUGCUCUCCAACAAAAUCAAACUCAAAGACACAUUUGGCUUUUCUGUCUACGUCGCCUUGUAUGAAAAGGUGUGGGCUCUGGGCAGCGGCCGGGAGCACGUGAUGGACGCCAUCUCCCAGUGUGAGCAGGAAGUGAAGAGGAGGGGGGGGCAGGAGCAACACGCUCCCUGGCGGCUCUUCUUCCGCAAGGAGGUUUUCACCCCCUGGCACGACUGCAAAGAGGACAAGAUCAGCACAGAGCUCAUCUACAAACAGAUCAUCCACGGCCUCAAGUUCGGAGAGUACCAGAGUAAAAAGGAGGAUGAUUUGGUUCAGCUCACUGCAAAACAUGUGUACAUCCAGCAUGGCUCUGAGAGCAGUGCAGAACAUGUGAAGGAAGCUGUGCAGGACUGCAUCAACAGCUCUCUGCUGGAGGCCAAGUCUGAGGCCAAGUGGGUGCAGAUGGUCAGCUCUGCUCACGCUCAGGGUCCUUAUGUGAGUUCAAGACAGAAGGCGGACUCUGUGAAGGCGGAGAUGGUGGACUACGCCCGGGAGAAGUGGCCCAUGUUCUUCUCCCGCUUCUUCGAAGUUGUCAAGCUGUCAGGUCCUGCGCUGCCGAAGAGCAAGUUCAUUGUGGCCAUAAACUGGACUGGUAUCACUUUCCUGGACGAGAGAGAGAAGAGGCUGCUGGAGCUCUCCUUCCCCGAAGUCACCGGAGUCCACAGCGUGAGGGAGGGUAAAGCAUCCAGCCAGGCCGUGAGUCUGCUGACUCUGAAAGGAGACUUCACCCUGAGCGGAGGCACGGCCGAGGACAUGUCCGAGCUGCUCACCAUGUUCCUGAGCGGCCUGACCUCGAGGUCUCAGUACGCUGUGACUCUGAAGGAAGCCGACACGCAAGACGACCCCAUGUUACUGAGCUUCAAGAAAGGAGAGCUCAUUAUCAUAAUCAAAGACGACGAGUUUGCCCAGGAACGUGGCUGGAUAAAGGGCCAGAAUGAGAGCACAAAACAUACCGGCGCCGUCCCCACCGAGGCCAUCAUAAUCCUGCCAACGCUCAGCAAACCCACCAAUCAGGUCAUGAGCCUCAUCAACCUGUCUCCAAACCAAAGGAAAAACAUAAUGCAGGCAAACCAGAAGGAAACAGGAACCAUGGAGAGAUUAGCUCCCGCCACGCUGAAAGAGUUCUCCCUGGAGUACUUCAGGCAGCCCACUAAGGAUGUGAACCGUCAGGUGAUGUCCAGGAACGCUGCUCCUGAGAGGCUGUGGGCCAACACGAGGGAGCCAAUCAGACAGCCCCUCCUCCAGAAGCUGGUGGGCAACCCGGAGCUCAGCCACAAAGCCUGCCUGGCCUUCACUGCGAUCCUGAAAUAUAUGGGAGAUUAUCCCACCAAGCAGAUGCAGAGUCCCCUGGAGCACACAGACCUGAUCUUCAGCCCCGCCACUCAGAACGAGGCCCUGAGGGACGAGAUCUACUGCCAGAUCAUGAAGCAGAUGAGCAGCAACAACAACCGGUUCAGCAUGGAGCAGGGCUGGCAGCUGCUGUGGCUCUGCUGCGGGAUGUUCCCCCCCUCCCAGGCCCUUCUGAGGCACACUCAGAGGUUCCUGGAGUCGCGGCGCAGAGAGGCCCUGGCCCCCGACUGCCUGCAGCGGCUGCAGAGCUCCCUCAGGAUGGAGCCGAGGAAGCUCCCACCACACCAGGUGGAGGUAGAUGCCGUCCAACAAAACAGCACUCAGAUCUUCCACAAAAUCCACUUCCCCAACGACACAGAGGAGAUAUUUGAGGUAGCCACCAACACCAGGAUCAGGGAUCUGAUCCAGAACAUUACCAAGAAGCUCAGUCUGGCUUCUGCGGACGGCUUCAGCAUAUUUGUCAAAACACAUGACAAGGUUCUCAGUUUGAAUGACACAGACUACUUCUUUGACAGUCUGAGACAAAUCACUGACUGGUCCAAGAAAGCCAAGACGAUCAAAGAGGGUGGGCCUGUCAACAUACCCUACCUUGUGUUCUUCAUGAGGAAGUUGUGGUUUAAUAUAAUCCCUGGCAGAGACACAGAGGCUGAUGUUAUCUUCCAUUUCCCUCAGGAGCUACCAAAGUACCUGAGAGGUUACCAUGUUAGCACCAAAGAGGAAAUGCUCAACGUUGCCGCUCUGCUCUUCAGGAUAAAGUUCAGCAACGACAAGAGCCAGUUUGUCUCCAUCCCAAAGGUCCUGAAGGAGCUGGUCCCUGCAGACCAGCUGAAGGCCAUGUCCGAAAAUGAGUGGAAGAAGAGUAUUGUCGCAUCUUUUAACAAACAAGUGGGUUUGACUGCUGAAGAAGCGAAGGUGGCGUUCCUGAAGGCGGUCUGCCGCUGGCCCACCUUCGGCUGUGCCUUCUUUGAUGUGAAGCAAACAUCUGAACCAAGCUUCCCAGAUAUUGUGCGAAUAGCCAUCAGCAAGCAGGGACUCACCAUCAUCCACCCUAAAACCAAGGAUGUACUGGCUAAUCACCCAUUCAACCGCAUCGCUAACUGGUGCAGUGGAAGCACCUACUUCCACAUGACUAUUGGCAGUUUAGUCAAGGGGAGCAAAUUCCUGUGUGAAACUUCACUGGGUUACAAGAUGGAUGAUCUUAUAACCUCCUACGUAAACAUGUACCUCCAAGAGAGGAAGGCGGGGCAAACCAGGAACCAGCGCUUCAACUGAGCUGAAGUAGCACCAGUGUGUCGCAACUUUGAAACACACACACACACUAAAAGGCGGAGCAGCAAAAAGUUCAUUUGGAAUCCAUUUAAUUUGACAUUAAGAAAGUUGUUUUAGAUUUCUCACAUUUUAUUUUAAGCUAAUCUUUCUUUGCCAUGUAUUCAAGUAACAUAUUUCUAAUUGAAUACCUUACGUUUUAAGUAAUAUAAUUUAAUAAUAAUAUCCAUCCAUAUGGUUUCCUUAUGCUUCUUUCUAUUUUUAAAUACCACACAGGUUUAAUUAUCGUUAAACACAUUUACUAUAAAUACUUUUUGAGUAUAUUAGUCUCUAAUAAUAUUCCCAAAAGGGUUUCAUCUGCAUUUGGUAAACACUUUUAAAUGCACAGGAAGCAUUGUUUUGCAUAUGUUUUCUUUCUCUUUGUUUAGUGGCAUGUGUUUUGGAAAUUCAUUGUGAACACCAUGAUUUAAACACAAUUAGCCAUAUACAUAUGAAACCUUGUUGUUAUUUGUAUUCUUCACAAUUGGUAUCUCCUCUCCAUAUAAAUCUGCCUGCCUUAUAAACAUUAAAGGAGCACUGUGGAGUUUUUGAAAACAA